UCUACAAGCAUUUCAUCUUCUUUUCCUUACCUAGAAUUUUUGCAAUUUUAUCUGGUGGAAAGUGCAUGCUUGCAUGUGCAAUUUUUUGAAUGAUCAGAUUCCUGCGUUUGGAACGCCGUGGUGCAGGUGCCAUGCCUUCAGGCUCCUCUAUCUUCUUCAUCGUUCCUACCCUCCUUCUGACUUUAUACCUCUCGGGUCGGAAUGCUAAUCAUGCAUCAAAAGGUGACAUGGCAGACGAUUGGAGGACGUUUCCUAAAGAUUUCAUAAUUGGAGUCGGUUCUGCAAGUUAUCAAAUUGAAGGAGGAACCAAAGAUGACGGUCGAGGUGAGAGUACAUUUGACAGAUUCGUGAAGACAAGUAAAGAUACACCCGUCAACGGAAUAACGUACGAAAACGCAGAUGUCAGCUCGGAUAACUAUCAUCACUUAGAAGAGGAUGUAAAACUUCUCAAAGAAUUAGGGGUUGAUUUUUACAGAUUUUCAAUAAGUUGGAGCAGGAUAUUACCGACGGGUGAUAUUAGAAAUAUAAACCAAGCUGGCAUUGAUCAUUAUAAUCGUCUGAUUGAUUUGUUGCUGGAAAAAGAUAUAAAACCAUUUGUCACGAUGUUUCACUGGGACUAUCCUCAGCCGUUGCAAGAUCUCGGAGGUUGGACGAACCCUGUCAUGGUUGACUAUUUCGUGGAGUUCGCCCAUCUACUCUUGAAAACCUACGGGGACAGAGUAAAACUAUGGUUAACGCACAACGAGCCCCGCUUAUUCAGCGUGGGAGCUUAUGCAAAGGUGUCUUUGAACUAUCCACAACUUGCACCUGGGAUCAUCAUGCCAGGCAUCGCUGAAUAUCUAUCCGUUCACCAUAUCUUGCUAUCACACGCAAAAGUAUAUCACAUGUACGAUAAACAGUUCAGACCACAUCAGCAUGGCAAAAUGGGCAUCAGUUUGGAUACGUUCUUUUACCGACCUCAAACUCCAGCGGAGGAAGAAGCUCGUGAUCGGUUACUCCAGUUUCAUAUAGGAUGGAUCGCAAACCCCAUUUUCGGUACGGGCGACUACCCAGAAGUAGUAAGGCGCAUUGUGGACGAAAACAGCAAAAAAGAAGGAAGACUAAACUCCCGACUGCCCCGAUUCUCAGACCAAGAGAUCCGGGAUCUUAAGGGCUCAGCGGACUUCUUCGGAAUCAACCACUACACGACCUACCUGGCCAGGGAUGAUCCGAAUGUUGUCUCUGUCCCUUCCAUCGAUCGAGACGCGGGCGUGAAUUUAGAAUUCGAUCCGAAAUCUAAGGUCGCCGGACCCUUCUGGCUCAUCUACGAGCCCGAGGGAUUCAGGGAGCUCUUGAACUGGCUCAAGAAAGAAUACAACAACCCUCCGAUCUUCAUCACGGAAAACGGGUGUAGUCAGACUGGAAAGACUUUAACUGAGGAGUUGAACGAUGACCGACGAAUUGGAUAUAUUCAGGCAUACCUCGAACAGCUUUUGAAAGCUGUGAACAUAGACAAAGUUAACGUAACCGGCUAUUCAGGCUGGUCUUUCAUGGAUAGUUUUGAGUGGGACUCAGGUUUCAAUGAACGAUUUGGAUUCUAUCAUGUUGACUUUAAGGACCCAAAACGAACAAGGAGAGCAAAAAAGUCAGCAAGUUUCUACCGAGAAAUAUUAUUAUCGAGGUUUUUGCAACCGCAAAUUCAAAAUGGUACUCAUUUAUGAUGAAAUAUUCUGCCGAGGUGGAUGCAAAAGUCAUUGGUGUUUAACAACGUUCCAAUCUUCUGCAUGGAUUUUUCGUAAAAUUGCACGGCGCAAAAAACUGAAGCAGAAUUGGUGCAAUGAAAAUAAUCGCUCCGUUGAUAAGAACGGUCUGCAAUUAUUUUCUCUCAUUUAAUACACAAAAUUUUCAUUUUAGGUACAGACUCUGAUUUAAAAUUCACUUGUGGAUUGGAGAUAAAAUGUUCUGCAGUGAUUAUUUUUAAAAGCCAUCAGUGUUUUUUUUUCUAAUGAAGGUGUUAGCUCACUUACAAAGUAGGCUUUUUGUGUAAUAUAAAAAGGAAACUAAGUUCCUUGUGAAAUUAAAAAAUGUUACAUUUUCAUCGUUUGAUUAUUACCUUGUUUUUUUCUUUCUUUUUUUUACUUUUUAAAAAUUGAAACUUACGUUACUGAAUAUUUUAGAUCUCAGGAGAGGCAAUAAUAAAACAUGUAUUUAAUCAAA